GCAAGCCACCAGCAUCAGUGGGUUAAUAUGUGGAUAGGUGAUCUUUUCCAUGUCAUCUCCCUGCUAGCCACACGCAAACAUAUUUUCCGACAUGGCGAUGAUUCACUUGGCUCAUGAAGCUUUAGCUAUGCGGACAGGGCGUAUACUUGCUGCCUGGAUUUUUCUGGCUUUAAUAGUUCCUUUUCAAUCAGCCAAGUGCAAGGCAGCGCCCAAAUCUGUGCAGAAUGUCCACGUAUGUUGCUCAGCGCCCAUGCCAAAUUGGGGCGCCUAUAAUAGCGAGUGCCAUAAAUCGGGAGCCCAGGCAAGCUGCCGCCUGGCUUGCAUCUUUAAUGCCAGCUCAGUUCUGCAGGGAAAUCGAUUGGUUCAAGCCAAAGUUCGGCCCAUGUUGGCAAGGGCAUUCUCCAGCGAGCCCACCAUCGAUGUCUAUGAGUCCAACUUUGCCAGGUGUUCCGCGCUGGUCAGGAGCAAGUACCAGGAGCUGUCGCCACUGAGUCGCCAAAGUGACGCCUGCGACAGGCACGCCCUCUUCUACAGCCUCUGUGCAUAUGCCCGCUUGAUGUUCACCUGUCCGGAUAAAAUGUGGCAGCGGAAUAAUAGAGUGUGCCAGGAGGCCAAAGCCUAUGCGAAAAACUGCCCAUGGCCUGCACUAAAAAUGUUCAUGAAGAACACCUAAAAAUUAUAUUUGUAUAAGAACUACUUCUAGAGAGAGUUUCAGUGCACUUUGCUUUUAUUUUUAGGGGCUUGCGUAAUCAUGUCGAGCACACU